GUCGAGAGUAUAUGGAGGAGAGAAGAGAGAGAGAGAGAUAAGGAGGAGGAGGAGGAGGAGCCAUGAGUUCGCUGUUCACUCCUUUCUCUGCUCUCCCUUUGCGCCAUACCAGAGCUACUGUCUCCUGUUACUCUUCUGGGCAUGUAUCAUUUAUCAAAGAUGUAGCUGUCACUGAACCUCCAAUGCAUCUUCAACACUUACUCAAAGUUCUUCAAACAAGAGGUGAAACCAUCAUAUCUCCUGGAGCUAAGCAGGGACUCAUCCCUCUUGCUAUUCCGCUUUCUAAGGACUCUUCCGGCUCUGUUACUGCGCUUCUGAGAUGGCCUACUGCUCCACCAGGAAUGGAUAUGCCUGUUGUUGAAGUUUGGAGGAGUGGUGUCCGGCUAAUAGCUAGAAAUGUAGAUGAGUAUAUUCACCGGAUUCUUGUUGAAGAAGAUGCUCAAGAGUUGUCAGAACUUUACAUUGCUUCAGCGGAGGCAGGCGAGAAGCUUUACAAAAAGGGUGAUUUUGCUGAAUCUCAGAUUGAUAAUCUCGAUGUCUAUGUCUUAAAAAAGGUUGGUCUGUUUCCUGAUGUGUUGGAGCGAAAAGUGUUACGGCAUUUCGAUGAAGGAGAUCAUGUUUCAGCUAUGGUGACAGGAGAAUUCUACACAAAGAAAGAUCUGUUUCCAGGAUUUGGACGGCCUUUUGUAUAUUAUGCAAACAUACUGCAGAAGGUAGGACGCAAUUCAGAAGCAAAAGAAUCGGCCAGAGUAGCACUAAAAUCACCGUGGUGGACAUUAGGAUGUCCUUAUGAGGAGGUUGCUAGUAUUGCACAAUGGGAAGAUGAGCAAAUCGAAUUCAUAAGAGAGAAAGUGAGUGAUGAAGGUCGUUUUGAGGAUUUGAAGAAAGGUAAAGACCCAAUGCAAGUUGCUGUGGAUGUUGCCGCUUUUCUCUUGGACUUGGCAUCUAUUGAAGGAACAUGGUCUGAAUCUUUGCCCCAUAUUGCUAAAUGUUAUGAAGAGGCUGGAUUAAAGGACAUAUCUAACUUCAUUUUGUACACAGAUGACAAAUGAAAAAAAAACUCUGUGUUGUGUAAUGAUACAAGAUUCUUUCAUUGUAAUAAAUAUCAAAAGUUUUGGUUUCUAAAGAAAAUGUCUUUAAUAGUGUUAUUAAACUAAA